AUGCAUACAGACGAUCUUACAAGCACCUCCAAAUACGAUGCAGGCCUCCAGUCCGAAGCAUACUAUCGUGCUCGGAUGAACCCGCUCCAAUUCAAACUCAGAUCGAUGCUUUUACGACUCGUCCAACGUGAAACGCCUCUUCUCUCCAAAAUACAGAAAUCAUGCUAUACAGACUGGCUGGACAUAUACUUCACAUACUCGGCAAACCUUGGGUCCCACACUUUCUACGUGCUAUGUCUUCCGCUCCCCGUGUGGUUUGGGUUCUCCUAUCGUGAUUUGGUCUAUGUUCUAGGACUAGGCAUUUUCUUCACAGGCGCAGUCAAAGACUACCUCUGUCUUCCGAGACCACGUUGUCCGCCUCUUGUCCGCAAAACUAUGAGCCACUAUACAUCGCAGGAGUACGGGUGUCCCUCCAGCCACUCAGCCAACGCGUCGGGUGUGUUUAGUCUGCUUUCAUACCACAUACUAGCCAACCUUGACUCGUAUAAGGCGACGACAGCUAUGCUGCUCAUGCUAGCUCUGUUUUUGUAUUUUGCCUCAAUGGUGUUUGGAAGGAUCUACUGCGGCAUGCAUGGCAUUGUGGACGUCAUGGUGGGCAUACUAAUAGGCACAUCGACGGUAAUCCUGAGACUGAUUACCAAAACCAGCUGGGAUUCUUUCCUGACAAACAAUUCAGUGCUGGCACCGAUUAUCGCCGUGGGAGUGUAUUACGCAUUACUAUACUUCCACCCCCUUCCUAUUGAUCACUGUCCGUGCUUCGAGGACAGUGUCGCAUUCAUUGGUGUGCUGAUGGGCCUCGAUAUAGGAUUCUGGUUGCUCGCCAACUCCUCAUUUGAAGCCGCAGACCUGGAGUACCAUGGUUCCUGUAAAUACUCUCUGGAGCAAUUGGGAUACAUGAAAAGCGCUCUACGACUGGCCCUCGGGGUUUCGAUUUUGGCGAUCUGGAAGACCCUUGCUAAGCCACUGCUCACGCACAUCCUGAAGCCGAUACAUUCACGAGUGUUUGCAAGUCAGGCUACCAAACUCAACAAACCGAGCGAUUGUGCUGCGCUAAGACCACGUUACGAACUACCGCUUCUCGUGAGGCUCGGUGUCUACAGCGGCAUUGCCUUCAUUGCAGUUUGGAUGGACGCCAUUUAUAAAUACGUAGGACUAGCUUUGGACUAG